AAUCCCACCGACGACAUCUUUUGUUUUCCCACUCCCUCCAGAAAUUCUUCCCAUCUGUCUCAACACCCUCCAAAAACACCGUAGUGUAUAUGCACGCACAAGGAGAAAAGAAGAACACCAUUGCAAUAGUCUCCCUCUUGACAAUAUACUGAGUGAUCGACAUGGGGAAUUGCCUCUUCGGAGGCUUAGGAGAGGCUCAUCAAGAGAUCGUCAAGGUGGUGGCGCCCAACGGGGGCAUCAUGGAGUUUUGUACCCCGGUCGCCGUCCGGUCCAUAGCCGACGAGUUCCCGGGCCACGGCAUUUUCCGCGCGCACGACCUCUUCUGGAACCCACUCCCUCUUCACGAGGAGCUGGUGGUAGGAGAAUCAUACUACUUGCUCCCCUACGAUGGCGAGGAAGACGAUGACAAGACGCGAGAUCAUAAAUUGUUGUUAGGUAACGAGGUCGUGAGAGCAGGACAUGUCCGGUCCAAUAGCAUACCGACGUCGCUCGUCGCGCCGUACCGGAUGUCGCUGGACUACCAAGGCAUGUUGAAGAGGUCGUACACCGAGGUCUUCGCUAGGGAUAGUGGCAAGAGCAACAACGGGGUUUGGAAGGUGAAGCUCGUGAUUUACCCGGAGCAGUUGCUCGAGAUAUUAUCCCAGGAAAGCCGGACGCAGGAGCUGAUCGAGAGCAUCAGAGCCGUGGUGAAGUGCGGGAACGGCCCGGUAUCCGGCGGGUUCUCCGACCAGUGGAGCCUCCCGAGCAGUGCCAGCACGAGUGGUUCCUCUAAGACCGAAGGCCUUGUGGAUAUUUAGUUGGAACUGUAGGUCUCAAAACUUCCUUUUCUUCCUUGACUUGAUGUUCUGCUCAUAGUCUAUUGUCAAGUUGAAAUUUUAGUCUUUCCGGUUUACCAAAGGGCAUAGAAGGCGCUUCGGAACGCUA